GGUUCGAGAACGUAGUGAAGGAAGAUAUCCGAAAAGGAAAGGUACUAGUGAAAGAGGACAACUUCUUGAAAGUCCUCAAGUACAACUUCUUGCCAGAAUAAGGACUUCUUGACGUUAUCACGUUCUGGUGCAGGUCCACCUGCUCUGUAAAGAGUAGGAAGUCCUCCUCUAAAGAAGGUAUGAUUUAAUGAGACAUUCAAAUGAUAUUUUUCCUGUUCUUGUUUACCAACACUUGUUGUUGAAGACUAUGAGUAUGACUAUCUUUACCUAAAUUGAAUGUACUAUUCCUCGAAGAUUGAUACAGUCUACGUCUCGUGAAAGAUGAGAAUUAAUAUGUCUUGGUGGAUCUGGAUGCCCUUUGACAAGAACAACUUUUCUCGGCUAUUUCUUCUCCAAAAACCUAUACCUAAACUACCGUUACCUAUACCUCCAAUUGAUUUAAUUCAUAGCUCGACUUUUUAUUAAUUCAUAGCCUUGUUCUCUGUUUUGUUUCUCCAAUCUGUCACGUUUCAUUCCCGGAGAUUCGAUUGGCACGAGGCGUAGAUGCAUCUUUCUUAGACGUUACCGAUGUCUCCGAAGCCUGGCGGAAGGACGUGGGCGGAAAGGAGAAGCAGGAGAGCGGAAAGGACAGCACUAGAGGUGCCACUAGUAGCAGCACAGCAACGCUGUUAUCGGACGCGUUGUAUUACAAUUAUGGAAGUAUUUCUAGUUAGGUAUGCUCCACCAACAUUAUGGAGGUAGAAACUUCAAGAGUACUGGAUGAGAAGUUAAAUGAACAAGACUUGCUUCAACUUCUCAAAAUCAAAACAACUUCUCAAAAAUCAUCCAGACCACUUGUCAAGAUCUAGCUCUCUACUUUCUAGUACUAGCCUCGAAUCCCCAUGGCGAGUAGAAGAAAUAAUUUUCUUUGUGAAUAUUGCAUUUUGAUUUUUAACUACGUCCUACUCCUUGUUAUUUUACUAGUAGCCAGGGAAAUUAUCUUGGGCAGUUUGCCGAAUACUAGACUCACAUCAUCAUUUUAGUGAAAAUAAAACUCUAAUCCCCAUGGCGAGUGUUUUCCCUUUGCCAAGGCGAUAGGAAGACAGGUUGGCGCACAGAGGGAUUCAAGAUAUGCAGGGGAGGUGUCGUCUACAUUCCGCCAAAGGUGCCUGACGAAUUCACGC